CUGACAUUUUUCUUUUUACCGAUGAACACCACGCGAGUCGGAUGGAAUUUUAAAAGUUGAGAAAUAUAUUAUUUUUUAAUUAAAUUAAGAAUUUAUAAAAUUAAAAUAAAUAUAAUCCUGCCUAAAAAUGUUCGUUUUAUACGAAACACCGGCAGGUUAUGCCAUAUUCAAGAUUCUGGAUGAAAAGAAAAUUACUGAAGUCGAUAAUUUAUAUCUAGAAUUUCAAACACCUGAAAAAGCAAAUAAAUUGUUAAAACUUAAACAUUUUGAAAAAUUUAAUGACACCACCGAAGCUUUGGCUGCAGCAACAGCUGCUGUGGAAGGAAAAAUUGCCAAGCCCCUUAAGAAAACACUUAAAAAAUUGUUUGGUGAAGAUGUUCAACAAUCUCUUAUGGUUGCUGAUGCAAAACUUGGCAAUGCUAUUAAAGAAAAGUUUGCUGUGCAAUGUGUGUACAAUACCGGUGUUCAGGAGCUCAUGCGUUGCAUCAGAAAUCAAUCUGAUAGUCUGCUAAGUGGGUUGCCAAAAAAAGAAAUGACUGCUAUGGCCUUGGGUUUGGCUCAUUCCCUCUCAAGAUAUAAGCUUAAAUUCUCCCCGGAUAAGAUAGAUACUAUGAUUGUACAAGCUCAAUGCCUUCUGGAUGAUUUGGACAAAGAGCUGAAUAAUUAUGUUAUGAGAGCCAGAGAAUGGUAUGGUUGGCAUUUCCCUGAACUUGGAAAGAUUAUCACCGAUAAUGUGUCUUUUGUGAAAACAAUUAAACUAGUAGGAACUAGGGAGAACAUGUCCAAAACAGAUUUAUCUGAUAUUCUUCCUGAGGACAUUGAAGAAAGUGUAAAAGAAGCUGCAGAAAUUUCAAUGGGAACCGAAAUUUCUGAAGAAGAUAUCAUGAAUAUACAAGCUCUUUGCGAUGAAAUUAUUUCAAUAACAUCCUACAGAACGCACUUGUAUGAUUACCUAAAGACGCGCAUGAUGGCAAUGGCACCCAAUUUGACAGUUCUUGUUGGUGAAACUGUUGGAGCGCGGCUUAUUGCACAUGCUGGUUCGUUAAUCAACUUAGCCAAGCAUCCCUCAUCAACAUUGCAAAUAUUGGGAGCUGAAAAGGCUCUUUUCAGAGCUCUUAAAACUAAGAAAGAUACUCCCAAAUACGGUCUUAUUUUCCAUGCUCAGUUAGUUGGCCAAGCCAGUUUGAAGAACAAGGGUAAAAUGUCGAGAUCUUUGGCAGCGAAGGCUUCUUUGGCAACCAGAGUCGAUGCUUUCGGUGAGGAGGCAACAUUUGAAACUGGUGUUGCACACAAAGUUAAACUUGAAGCUCGUUUGAGGCUUUUGGAAGAAGGAAACUUACGCAAAUUAUCAGGAACUGGUAAAGCUAAAGCUAAGUUUGAAAAGUAUCAAGUUAAAAGUGAGGUUCUCACUUACCAGACAGAAGCUGAUAGUACUUUGAGUGCGAAAAAAAGGAAACGUUCAGAAGUUGAGGCUGAACCUGAGAAUAAUGUUUCAGUUAAAAAAGAAGAACCAAUGGAAGAAGGAGCAGAAGAAGAACCAAGUGCAUCCAAACCCAAAAAGAAGAAAAAGAAGAAGCAAAAAAGCGAAAGCGAAAAUAACUGAAGAGUUAACUUUAAUCAAAAUGUUAUUAUUAACUGGCGUUUUGUCCUUUAAUUGUACCUACUUUAUUUUUUAAGUAAAUACAUUUAAUAAAUCUUAA